GAAGCCAAAGGUAACACAAAAGAAGUCACUGCUGCUGCUGCUGUUUACCAAGUUUAAUUCAAAAUAGAAAAAAAUAUCCUAACUAUGGAAAGAAAGACGAACAGUACUUGCUUGUUCUGUGUGUGUGUGUGCGUGUAUAAACAGCAUUUCUACUCCCUCCAAGAAGAGUAUCAAAGCUGAAGCAGAAGCAGCAGACAAACAUGGGUGUGAAGGGCAUGGCUAUAGUCUUGGCUGUCAUAUUUUGUGCUACAACUAUUCAAGGCUUCCCCAUGUUCAAAGCGGGAAGGUGUCUUUGCAUUGGCCCUGGAGUAAAAGCAGUGAAAGUGGCAGAUAUUGAGAAAGUCUCCAUAAUUCACCCAAGUAACAACUGUGACAAAACAGAAGUGAUUGUCACCCUGAAAGCACAUAAAGGACGAAGAUGCCUAAAUCCCAAAUCAAAGCAAGCAAAUGUUAUAAUGAAGAAAGUUGAAAGAAUGAAUUUCCUAAAAUAUCAAAAUGUAUGAAGCCCUGGAAAAGAAGAUUUGAAAACCUAAAACAAGUCUAACUGUGAAUACUGAAAUAAGAACGCUAUAAUAACACCUGAAUUUCUUCUGCCUGCUACAAUGUACAUUCAUGCAUUUUUAGGUUAGGAAACUUUCUAGAACGUUUCAUGCUUAUGAUGACUCUGCUGUGACUAUGAAAACAUUUCUGUUUCUAAAAGUUACCUGUCUAGACUUGACCAAUAUUUCAUAUUACAAUAUAAUAUGACUACUGGAGUCAGGACCAUGACUCAUAAGUCAAAAGCAUCCAUGUGUGUAAUAAACAUUCCCUAGAUAAUAUUUUAAGCAAGAACACAUUUCUUCUCCCAAAAUUAUAUUUACAUAUGGAAAAAGUUCUUACAUAGCAUCUUGUUUUACAAAAAGGCUGUAAUUCAUGAAAUGUACUAUGAAGACAAAUAUGAGCUAUGGGUGACUGGUAAGAGUGCAAGUAUUUCAUAACUGAAUUAGUAGCUUUGGUCUCAAUUUUAUUUUUUUAAUUUGUUUUUUCAUUGGGAUGUUUUGAAGCAAUUAGGACAUAUGUAUUUACCAUGCAGUUUGGUUUUAUCUAUUCUUAUAAAUUACAGUAACAUUUGGAACACGUUUUAAACAUGAAAUGUUUUUGUGUACCAAAGAAAAUGUUGAAAAAUAAAUACAUAUGCAUAUAUGGCAA